ACAAGGCACAUGGUGCAUUAAGAGGAGAGCAACUCUUCUCCAGCAGUGUCUGGGUUUUAUUUGUUUUUUUUUUUGCUACUCUCCUCAUUUCUUUUCUUCCUAACUCCCUUUCAAAACAAAAAGGCAUUUGCGUUUGUGCACCCGCAUUCUGAAAUAUACCAAGAAAACCGUUCAGUGAUAACACCAGGAAAACAACCGAAAAGACUCACAGUAGGCCGACGGAUAUCUGUGGAGAAGGAGCUAAUGUAUCCAGUUCGUGCUGUCUCCGUUGUAAGGAAAUGAGUGUCACACUGUGCUAGUUGCAAUUUUCCGUCUUUGGGACUUAACUUACUCGCAGAACCGUUGGACGCUUUGUGUGAGGCAGCUGACUGAUGAAUAAGAUUUGAAAAUGAAUUUACUGCCGAAGAGAUCAAAAGAGUUCAGUUCUGCUGAAUAUUGGGAGACAUUCUUUAAGAAACGGGGUGCCAGUACCUUUGAGUGGUAUGGGACCUAUGUGGAUCAUUGUGCAGUGCUGCACAAGUAUAUCAAGCCUAAAGAUAAGGUGCUAGUUGUUGGCUGUGGUAACUCUGAACUAAGUGAGCAGAUGUAUGAUGUAGGUUACCAGGGGAUCACAAACAUUGACAUAAGUGAAGUGGUCAUAGCCCAGAUGAAGGAACGCAAUGCCACUUGCCGACCAGCGAUGGCCUUCGUGAAAAUGGACAUGUUGCAGAUGGAGUUUGGAGACUCUCAGUUUCAGGUUGUACUGGACAAGGGGACCCUGGACGCCCUCAUGACAGAUGAGAGCGAAGAGACUUUGCGCAACGUCGACAGGAUGUUCGCGGAAAUUGGGCGAGUCUUGCAGGUUGGCGGGCGCUUUGUGUGCAUCUCGCUGGCCCAGGAGCACAUCGCAAAGAAAGCCGUCAGCCACUUCUCACAGCGGGGCUGGCCAGUGAGAAUACACGCUGUGGAGGAACAGGGCACGGCCAACGGGCAGUUCACACUGCCCGUGUUCAUCUUCAUCUUCACCAAGUUCAAAGAGAUUCCUGGAGCUGGCCACCAGAUCCUGGAGAUGUGUGCAAACGAGCUGGAUAAGCCACUUCGAAUGGACAGUGUUGAUGGACUGUUGGAAGCAGUGAAGGGAAGGCAGCAGUAUGCACUACUCCGAAACCACUUGGCCAAGCACUCGAGCAGCAGAGAGAGCGUGACCCUCACUCUUUGUGACAGCGUGUCUGGGAAACCUCGCUACACCUUUCACGUUGUCGAUCUGCCCUCUGUGAAAUCUUCUCGCACCAACCACUUUGCAAUUUUCAUAGUCCCACAGGGCAGGGAGACGGAAUGGAUGUUCGGAACUGACGAGGGCCGGAGGCAGCUGGGCAAAAGUGCGGAAUUCAAGCGUUUGUUGGUCGUGGUGUUGCACCGUGACCAAAUCUACGAGAGUAUGGAAGCCAUUCAGUCAGAGCUGUCGGGGAAGGUGAUGGAUUUAGCUCCUCCUGGACUUCCUCCGAACCAACAGGUGCCAUUUCUUUCGGUUGGGGGAGAUAUAGGGAUUCGUACUGUCCAGCAUCGUGGUACAAGUGAUAUGAGUGGAGAAUAUAUCAUCGAAGACAUCAAAGGCGAAGAUGGCAACUAUUUCCGGCAUCUCGUAUUCCUCAGUAACAUCAAUGUGGUGCAGUCAGAGGCUAAACUAUUGCACAACAUCUCAAAGUCAGUUUCAUCGCAGAAAAAGAAAAAGAAAGACAAGAGGAGGGGAAGGCCAUGCUCAGAUGCUGAGAAGACUUCAAAUCCCAAAUCUGGCCAGACUGUUGACAAAAGCUACCUGUGCUGUGAUCAUCAUCGAGCUAUGAUAGCUGGCUUGGUUCUCCUCAGUAAAAGAAGUGGUUUACUUGCAGACACUCCCUUUUCUCUGCUCGUGGUUGGCCUUGGUGGUGGCAGCCUUCCGUCAUUUAUCCAUGACUAUUUCUCCCAAUCGACCGUUGACACCAUUGAAAUUGACCCCAUGGUGUUGGAGGUGGCAACCACAUGGUUUGAGUUUUCUCAAGAUGAUCGAAUGAAGGUGAUUCUGGCAGAUGGCUUGAGCUAUAUUCAUUCGGUUGCAGAUGGCGGGAAAGUCUCCUAUGAUGUUAUUAUGUUUGAUGUUGAUAGCAAAGACACCACUCUGGGAAUGAGCUGUCCUCCUCUAGCAUUUGUAGAGGAUGCAUUUCUACAGAAAGUACGAAACCUUCUAGCACACCAAGGACUCUUCAUUCUGAAUCUUGUCUGCAGGGACCAUGUUCUGAAAGAGAAGGUAAUGGCAGUGAUCAAAGGCGUAUUUCCUCUUGUUUAUCUCCAGAAAAUUGAGGGUGAGGUAAAUGAAAUUUUGUACUGCCAGUUGUCCGUGGAACAUAAGGUCGGAUCAAAAGACCUUCUUGAGGCAGGUCAGAUGCUGGAAAAUACUUUGAAGAAACCUGGCAGACAUUGGGAUCCAUCAUAUAAUCUUGCAGAAAUGUUGAAGACAGUUAAAAUUGUGUGAAGAUUCCUAUACUCCUGGACUAGUUACUUGUAUGAUAUUUCUGUUUAUUAUUUGCAGUGACUGUUGCCAUUCAAUAAGAAUAUUAUGUAUCUCUGAAAUGUUCAUGAUGUACUCAACAAUACAAAAUGGUGUGCCUUACCAUAUUAUUUCAGGAAGAGAAAGGUUAUCAGGAUAUUUUGAACCAAGAUAGUUGAAAAAUUGUUUUUAAAGUCAGCAAUUAAGAAAAAAAGGUUUUCUUUCAGAAUUUCUUUUGUAUAGUACAUUAAGCAAUUAGUUUCUUUAAAAAAAAAAGCCUAUCUAUCUAAUACAGGGGCUUUUCAAAUGGUACCAUGUACCCACUGAGCCAUUCAGGUCAUGAAGUCCACAUUCAAUGCUCAAUUAUACAGUCAUGGAAUUGUACAGAAGGAAAACAGACGUUUCAGUCAAACUUGUCCGGGCUGACCGGUAUCCUAAAUUAAUCUCGUCCCAUUUGCCAGCAUUUGGCCCAUAUCCCUUUAAACUCUUCCUAUUCAUGUACUCAUCCAAAUGCCUUUUACAUUUUGUAUUUGUACCAGCCUCCACCACUUCCUCUGGCAGCUUGUUCCAUACGUGCACCACCCUCUGCAUGAAAGAAUUGCCCCUUAGGUCCCUUUUUAAAUCUUUCCCCUCUCACCUUAAAACCGUGCCCUCUAGUUUGGACUCCCCUGCCCUGGGAAAAAGCUUGUCUAUUCACCCUAUCCAUGCCCCUCAAUAUUUUAUAAACCUCUGUAAGGUCACCCCUCAGCCUCUCACACUGAAAGGAAAAUAGCCCCAGUCUAUUCAGCCGCUCCCUAUAGCUCAAAGUCUCCAAACCUGGCACCAUCCUUGUAAAUCUUUCCUGCAUCCUUUCAAGUUUAACAGCAUCCCAUAGCAGUGAGACCAGAACUGAACUCGGUAUUCAAAAAGCAGCUCAAUCACUUUCCUGUCCAGCUGCAACAUGACCUCCUAACUCCGAUAUUCAAUGCACUAUACUCAAUAAAGACAAACCUUCCAAAUGCCUUCUGUACUAUCCUGUCUCCCUGGGACUUCACUUUCAAGGAGUUAUUAACCUGCACUCCCCAGGACCUGACCAUUAACUGUACGAGUUCUGCAUUGAUUUGCCUUACCAAAAUGCAACACCUCACAUAUACCUAUGUAUUUAAACUCCAACUGCCAUUUCACUGCCCGUUGGCCCAAAAUUAUCUGAUCUUUGUUCUAUGGAUGGCUAGUACAGUACAAAUGUCUCCAAGUGGCUAUCAUAAAAUAAAUCCUGUUUUACGACCUAUCUGUGUACUAUAAAUGUUUUUGUAUAUUUAAAAUACUAAGUGAAAUUAGUACAAUUUACUAAUUUAUCAACUUUUUUCAACCUUUUAUUUACGAGUAUUAUGGUUUAUGUGACAAAUUUUAUGUAUUUCUGAUACACCCCAGCACAGUGUGAUGAUGGGGCUCUGGUUAUUUUCCCAACCCAUUGUAAUUCACAAAGCUUGGUAAAUGUGUAAUUUGCUUUUGUUUUAACUGUAAGUUAGUUUCAAUAGUCUCUCUAGGAUUUUCAGUUAAUUUAUUAUCUUUAGUAAUAUGACAUGUUUAAAUUUUUCCAGUUGUACCACAAGUGACAACUUUUUGUUUUAGGAGGAACUGAUUUUAAUUUAUUUUGUUCCCUCUACUUGUGACAGUGAAAGUAUGCAAUUUGUGCAGAAGCCUAUUAUUUUCUUGUGUAACAGUGUGUAAGCAUUCUGAUACUAAUGAGAAGAUUGUUUAAAAUUGUGAGUUUUUGUUAAUAUAAUGAAAUCUUUCCUGUGAUAGGUUGACUAAGCUUUGAGUGAAUCUUUUGAGAUGCACAGGAAGUGGCUGAGGGUGACUGCAUCCACCUAUGGAUCAAUAUGUAUGCCUCUGUAUAAGAUUUUUAUUUCCACAAUAAUGUACCUUACUGGUGCACUCUCUUGUUAAAUUAGUUGGCUAUAAUAAUGUUUGGUUUUGCCACCCAUCUGAAAAGCUGAUUAAUUGACUGUCUUACUAUACUGUUAAUCAAUCAAUGCUGGGGACAAAUCAUUAAAUCACUAAAAUUAAUUACAUUAAUGGUUCUCGUAGGUCACCUGUAAUACAAGUUAGCUUCAAUCCCUUCUUGGAAAGAACAAAAUAAAAGUUUUCCGUUCGUUUUUAGUAA